GUGUGCAAUGCAAACCUAUAUCGUCUUGGGCGACUUAAGAACUUGCCUGAUCGAAUGACAGCUGCUAAAUUUGAGCCGAAUGAAAAUUGGGUGCCUCCCGGUUAUUUUGUCCGGCAUGACGCUCGCCUCGUAUCUUCCAGUCACGAUUAUGGAACGGCCACUGUCUUUGAAGACUCGCUAGCCGCUCGUAUAACUGAUGAUAGCUCUGAUAUCAGGGCCACUGUAUCACGACCUAUAGAAGUCAGAGAGAUGGAAGAUUUUCAAGAUGCUGGACAGAAUUCAUCACAUACUAUUAUUACCAGGAAUGAAGGGCUGGACAACUUUGCAAUAGGCACUUGGGAGCCGAGCAAAAUGAGCUCAGUCAUGGCGUCAGUUCCCCUCUACCUCUAUUUAUCUAUGAAUGUCAAUCAUUUAGACAACUAA